AUGGCUCUUGAGUAUUUAGUAUGGGAAUUGGCGUUUUUGAUGGAAAGAGUACGUCGGAUAGAAAGACGUGUAGAGAGAAGACGGCUUCGAGAUGCUCAAAAUCCUUUUCAUCUCCCACGAGAUGAAUUUAUUGUCUAUUUUCGUCUUACUCCAGAAAUAAUAAUUCACAUUACAAAUGAUAUACGAGCCGAUAUACGAAAUAAACGAAUUAGUGGCUUAGAGCCAGAAAUAAAGGUAUUGAUUACCAUACAAUUUUAUGCUCAAGGUAGCUAUCAAAGAAGUGUUGGCAAUCAGUUUCAAUUUAAUGUUAGUCAGACAACAACAAGUCGUUGUCUACAUCUCGUGACUGAUGCGAUUAAUCAGCGCUUAUUGCGUAGAUGGGUAAAAUUCCCAAUGACUGAAGAAGAACGACAGCAAGCACGUGAAAAGUUCUCAAUUGCUGCACAAUCAUUUGAGGGAGCCAUAGGUGCUAUAGAUUGCACUUUUGUAAAUAUUAUAGCACCUCAUGAACAUGAAGAAGCCUUUAUUAAUCACCAUGGUAAUCAUUCCCUAAACGUGCAAGCUAUUGUUGAUCCAGAUAUGAAAAUAUUAAAUAUUAAUCCGAGAUAUCCAGGUGCACGAAACGAUGCGUACAUUUGGAGCGUUUCUCCAAUUCGUCGUGCCAUGGAAUUUCAUUAUAACAGAGGAGAACGGAGAACUUGGCUGAUCGGUGAUGCUGGUUAUCCACUGGAACCAUGGCUUAUGACACCUUUGGCCGAUUUUCCUGAAAACACCCGUCAGUUUCAAUAUACGCAGCAGCAUUGCAAGGCAAGAAAUGUUGUUGAACGUUUCUUUGGUGUUUUAAAAGCUGUAUGGAGAUGUCUUUCUUAUCAGCGUGUAUUAAUGUAUGAACCAGCAUUUGCGGCUAAAAUAGUUAAUGCAUGUGCAGUACUUCAUAAUAUGAGAAUUCAACAUCGUUUACCUUUUGAAGAUUUUCAAGAACCGAUAGCUGUCAACCAACAAAAUGAGAAUGCUGGUCGUCAAAACGGAAAUGGUGGAUACUUUAUAAAUGUUGAGGAAGAUUUAGCUCAAAGAGGGCCACGUGUUGUGGCUCAAAGAAUUCAACAACAAAUUAUGCGGGAAAGAUUUCCCAAUUUUCGUGAUGCAGAAGAACGCGUUCAAGAUGAAUAA